AUGCCGAAAACAGACGAAGGUGCUGCACUGGGUUAUGCCUCCUUCUGGGACGAGCGAUACUCGAAGGCGGGCGACAGCACUGAACCUACCCAUGAGUGGUUUCGUGACUUUGCGUCUCUGGAGCCGUUCUUUGAAAGACAUUUGUUCGCAACCCGAAUGCCAGAGACAAAACCGAAGAUUCUGCAUCUUGGGAGCGGAGAUAGUACUGUACCAUACGAUCUCUUGAAGAGAGGAUACGAUAACCAGUUAUGCCUCGACUUUUCUGCUGUUGUAGUGGAUUUGAUGAAGUCUCGUCACGAAGCUGAACGAGGCGUCACAUUCCAGGUGGGCGACGUCAGAGACAUGAAAGAUGUUGAAUCCGGUAGCAUCGAUGUCGCCUUCGACAAGGGCACAUUGGAUGCUAUGAUCUUCGGUAGUCCAUGGAGUCCACCAGAAGAGACCUUGGAGAAUAGUGGAAAGUACAUGAGGGAGGUCCAACGAGUUCUGAAAGAGGAUGGCUUCUUCCUAUACAUCACCUACCGACAACCUCACUUCAUCAAACCCAUUCUGAAUCGCGAUAAUGAGUGGGACUACGAGAUGGACAUUUUGGGUGGAGGUGACAGUAGCUUCGAGUACUACGGCUUCGUAUUGAAGAAGCACAAAUAA